AUGUAUUCCUUUGGACAUUCCUUAUUACCAUUAUUUGCUCUUGAUCCAUCGUAUAUCAAUAUGAAUCAUGGUUCAUAUGGAUCAGCACCAAAAUAUGUUCAUGAAAAACUUCAUGAAUAUCAAAUGAAAGCGGAAUAUAAUCCUGAUCGUUGGUUUCGUCAUGAAAUUCAAAUUGAAAUUAAAAAAUUACGAGAAAAACUUAGUGAAUAUGUGAGUUGUGAUUCUGAUUAUAUUGUUAUUCUUGAAAAUGCUUCAACUGGAAUAAAUACAAUUUUAAAAUCUUUAAAAUUUCAUUUCAAUCAAUCGAUUUUAUAUUAUAAUAUUGCAUCAUCAAACAAUUCAAAAUACAGAUUUAUUAUUAAAAAAAAAACAGAAGAAACAUUAAAUAAGAGAGAAAAUGUUCAAUUAGUUGUAUUUGAUCAUAUAAGUUCUAUACCAGCCAUUCGAUUUGAUAUUGAAAUAAUCAUAAAAUAUUUUCGUCAAAAAGGUAUUUUAACUGUUGUUGAUGGUGCACAUGCUAUUGGAGCUAUUCCUAUUGAUUUGAAAAAACUUGAUCCUGAUUUUUAUGUCACAAAUGCUCAUAAAUGGUUAUAUACACAUCGAAGUGCUUGUUUAUUAUAUGUUAAAAAAGAUUUGCAAGAUUUAAUUCAUCCAAUCAUCACAUCAUUUGGUUAUUUACAAUCUUUUCAAGAGGAUUUUUUUUGGCUUGGAACAAAAGAUUAUAGUUCUUAUUUAACAAUAUCAGAUGCACUAGAUUUUCGUCAAAGUAUUGCUAAUGAAAAAGAAAUCUAUUCAUAUAUGCAUCAAUUAGCAUAUCAAGCUGGUCUUCUAAUGGCACAAAUAUGGAAUAGUUCAAUAUUAACAUCAAAUGAGAAAUAUCUUAGUGCAAUGAAUAAUGUCCAAUUACCAUUUAUUAUAAAUACAUCAAAUCAAACAAAUAAUUUAUAUCAUAAAUUAAUCAAUGAUUAUAAUAUUUAUUUACUAAUGUUUGAAUUUGAUAAGAAAUUUUAUUGUCGAAUUAGUGCACAAAUUUACAUGGAAUUAAACGAUUAUGAAAAAGUGGCAAAUAUUGUUUUAGAUAUUACUUUCAAUAGAAAUAAUACACGUCCUAAUAUAGCAGAAAAGAAAUAUAUUUCCAAUAUUUUAUUUCUUAGUCUUAUUUUAUUUGUUAUACUGAAAUUAUUUUUAUCUUUUUUCUUUUCGAAAAAUGAAAGUAGAUAUUUAUAUUUCUCUAUUGAUUUAUAA